GACGUCACAGCUUGUGGCAACAGGAUCUGUAGGUUGGAUGGCUGCUGACGUUACUAUAUAAACAACUGUUGAUAGCUCGGUACAGAAUUAUCGUGGGAACAGAUUAGCUAAACACAGAACUAUUGUGUGAACAGACGUGGCUAAGCACAGAACUAUUGCACCAACAGACUAAUUUCGAUUACUCCCCUUGAGCCUCCAGUUACCUCCCUCAAGAAGAAAUGCUGAAGUUGACCCUACAGACGACCUUGAUCCUGUGUCUGACCUUGACCCUGCAGGCCUACACUGUGGAUCGUGACGCAACCAAUGACGUGGUUGACCCUCAGACCUUUGAUGCUAUCCUCGCUCAGACUGGAACUGUGGGGGAGACGCAGGUCUAUGAACCUCUACCAAGCGAGUGGCAUUGCAAAAAUAGGGAGCACAUUCGAUGCCGAGAUAUCAGUUACUGCCCGGAGGCCCUGAGCUGUGAGUGCGAGCCUGGUUGGAGCGGGUUGUUCUGUACCGAACCCUGCAACCUGCCCUGUGUCAAUGGCGUGUGUCUAGUCUACGCCGGCAGGUCCUACUGUAACUGUCAACAACCGUGGAGCGGUCAGUUCUGUCAGUACCUGUCUACAGGCAGGUCUAAUUAAUCUGCAAGACCAAGACAAGAAAUUCUACACACACACACACACACACACACACACACACACACACACGCACACACACACACACUCACCCAUACACACCCACUCACACACACACUUUUGUAUUUGCUGUAAAUUUGAAUCAUAAAGCUAUCAAUAACUAAA